CUUGGACCCUCUUUUUUCACUCCAUAAAUACCUCUCUCCUAGGCCAACCCACUUCCAUAUUUUGCAUCCUUUUUCUCUUCACUUCUAUACCACAACACCAAACACCUACAAAUACUCCUCUUCUCAUUGCAUAGGUUGUUUCAGCCAGAGAGAGAGAUAUGGAGUUUCCGAAGGAAGCAAUAUCAGAAGGGUGUUCUCAGAAGAAAAGUGGAAGAGGGAAAAUAGAGAUCAAGAGGAUCGAGAACACCACCAAUCGCCAAGUUACCUUCUGCAAACGUCGCAACGGCUUGCUCAAGAAGGCUUAUGAAUUGUCUGUUCUCUGUGAUGCUGAAGUUGCUCUUGUUGUCUUCUCCAGCCGUGGACGCCUUUAUGAAUAUGCCAACAACAGUGUUAGAGGAACUAUCGAUAGGUACAAGAAAGCAUGUGCUGCUUCCUCAAAUGCAGAAUCUGUCUCUGAAGCUAAUACACAGUUUUACCAGCAAGAAUCAUCCAAGUUAAAAAGACAAAUCAGGGACAUUCAGAAUCUAAACAGGCACAUCCUUGGUGAAGCUCUUAGUUCUCUAAGUCUAAAGGAACUAAAGAAUCUUGAGAGCAGAUUGGAGAAAGGUUUGAGCAGAGUCAGAUCCAGAAAGCACGAGACAUUGUUUGCUGAUAUCGAGUUCAUGCAGAAGCGGGAAAUUGAGCUGCAAAACCACAAUAAUUUUCUGCGAGCUAAGAUAGCAGAACACGAUAGAGAACAACAAGAAGAACAACAUAUGACAGGAAAUGUGUGCGAGUCUUUACCAGCUUCACAGUCAUAUGACAGAAAUUUCUUCCCAGUAAACCUCAUAGAUUCCAGUCACCAAUACUCACGUCAAGACCACACUGCUCUUCAACUUGUCUGAUGAGGGAUACAUAUCCCCAAGUUUCCUGAAGAGUGGCCUUUCGAAUUUCCUCUGCUAAACUUCUUCCAAUGAAAACCUUAAGAAAUUAAAGCUAGAAUCAGCAUGUGUAUUAAUACAUCAUAUGUUAUAUAAUUAAACCUUAUAUAAUGUAUAAUUUCUAUAUAUUAAAUCCUACCAUAUUAAUCUGUGUUGUAUCUUUUCGAUGGCCCUACUAUAUAGUACCAAAUGCCUCUGUUUGGAGGAGUAAACCUCAAUGAAAUAAUUUGUGAUAUCA